CACAACCGGAAGUGACGUUUAAUGCCCACGACCCCACAGAGCGCGCGAAUCUGAAGCGUGUGAUUUUUAUGUUGUGCUGCUUCGCGAUAAAGAAAAGAAGAUGUCCAGUGGAGCAGCACUGCAGUGUUCUGGAUAUCCUGAAGAGAAGCUCCAGGCUUUAACUCCAAUCCUGAUGUGUCGAGAAGCACAGGCAGAAACCCUGCUCACUCUGAUGGGAGAGCCGGAUCAGUACAGCUAUCCCUCAGUGUUCAUCUACGGCCACCGAGCCACAGGGAAGAGUCACGUCCUCUUCACGCUGCUCACAGAGCUCCAGAUCCCCCACGCUGCAGUGAGCUGUGUGGAGUGUGUAUCAGCAGGACUGAUGUUUGAGCAGGUGUUAUCAGCUCUGUUCGGGGUGGAUGCAGCAUCUCUCCUGCCUCGCUCUCCUUCUCUCUCGGAUUUUGUCAGGGUCUACAGACAGGCGUGUCUUCAACAUCCUGCUCAGGAGACACGCUACAUCGUGGUGGAAAAAGCAGAGCUGCUCAGGGACAUGGAGGUGAACCUGCUACCUGCUCUACUGCGCCUACAAGAGCUGGUGGAUGAUAACGUGACUGUUUUCCUCCUCAGUGAAAUUGUAUGGGAGAAGUUUCGCCCCAACACGGGCUGCUUCGAACCUCUGCUGCUGCAUUUUCCCGAUUACACUAAAGCGGAGCUCCUGCACAUUCUGUCUCGAGACACUCACCCGUCAUACACACCUGAGCUCUACAUGUCCUACAUCAACAUCCUGCUCGGGGUUUUCUACUCAGUAUGCAGAGACCUCCGAGAGCUACGCCACCUGGCUGCAUUAAAUUUCUCCAAGUUUUGUGAGCCUUUGGAAAAAGGAGAAGCCCGUGAGAGUGACACACACAAGCUGUGGAAGAACAUCGAACCUCACCUGAAGAAGGCCAUGCAGAGUGUGUACCUGAGAGAGGUGUCCAGUGCUCAGUGGGAGCAGCAGCAGACUGAUGAGAAGGAAGCCACAGCUCUCAGAGGUUUAUCAGCUCACGCUCAUGUAGAAUUGCCAUAUUAUUCCAAAUUCCUGCUGAUUGCUGCUUAUUUGGCCUCCUAUAAUCCAGCCAGGACGGACCGCCGCUUCUUCCUCAAGCAUCAUGGGAAAAUUAAGAAAACCAAUUUCCUGAAGAAACACGAAAAAACCAGUAACCACCUGUUGGGUCCGAAGCCGUUUGCUCUGGACAGGUUGUUGGCGAUCUUCUACAGUGUUGUGGACAGUCGAGUGGCUCCUACAGCCAGCGUCUUCUCUCAGAUUUCCUCUCUGGUCACGCUGCAGCUCCUCACUCAGGUGGGACACGACGACCAGCUCGACUCCCCCAAGUACAAAUGUGCUGUCUCGCUCGACUUCAUCCUCGCCAUCUCCAGAACCGUCAGUUUCGACAUCGUGAGGUAUCUCUACGACUUCCUGUAAAGGAAACCACUUUCUAACUGGAUGACAGUGGGAGGAGCUCAGACUGUAGGCUGUGUGCUGUGAUUGGCUGAAUCAGGAGACGUGUACAGGAACUCCACAUCGCUCUCACUUUACACACUUCCACUCGGAAUGAAACACAUGAUCAAGCGUACAGGGUGGGUUCACAAAUUCUUAGAUUUAGGUGUGGAAGUGGGCGUGGCCUAAAAUCCAGCACUCACUACUAUGUAGUGACUUUACACUAUCCUGGGUAGUGUUAUAAUGUUUGUAAUAAAUAACUAAAUAAAUAUUUUUUUUCACAUUUAAA